AUGAAGAGUCCUGGAUUACCCUCCAUUUGGUCGCUUCUCCUGGCUUCCAUACCAGUGACGGCAAGCCCAGCACAGUCUCCCAACAAGAAUAACGACCAAAUCAUAACCGGUCUGUUCGGCUCGCCAACCUCUGAAGCCCAGAUUGUUAUUCACGAUACAAACGGCCGACCAUCAUGGACAUGGAACGUCAGCAGCGGUAAAAACGUGUCCCCCCAGCUUCGACAGUGUCUACACGAUGCAUGCCGAGGAGGCGGGUGCGCCGUCCCGGAAGUGAAAUGGGCAGAGAACGGGCAGAGCGUCCUCGCCAUCUACGGCUACGGUGCUAUCAUCAUCAACCAUCAUCCCGGACGGGCUGACGAUAAGCAAAUCACCUUUGGGGUGUGUCUCAACCGAGACGGCAUGGAGAACUCCCACACCGUGGAACUGCUUCCCGAUGGGAAAGUAGCCAUCGCCACAACGACGAGCGAAUUGACGGGGAAUAUCAAAAUCUUCAACAGAUGGGGCUCGCAGCCGUUUUCCCAGCCUACCCAGACACUAGAUGGUAUUCCUGCCGUGCACGCCCUCCUCUGGGAACCGGACAACAACCUCCUCUGGGCGGCGGGCAAUGAUAGAUCACCACUGGCUCAAGGCUCAACCAGCAUCCUCAACUCGUACACCUACCAGAAUGGAUGGUUCCAAACCACACCCCAGACGAGGGUGAUUACGCCCGCCGUGCACCUCACGUCAGAAUGGGGCGGCAACACCCCCUGGUGGGAUGGCUCGCAUGCCAUGACGCCUAUUCCUAACCAGCGCAAGCUUCUCAUCUCGACGGACCUGGAUAUCCAUCUCUACGACAUGGACGAGGAUACGUUUGUGCAUGGGAGUGCGGUGCAGGAGGCGCAUCUGCGGGGGUUCCAGGCUCUUGGUGCGAGGGUUGGUAUUGAUGGUGCGAAUCUGCCGAGGUCGGAUAUCAAGAGUGUUAGUUUUUUGGAGAAUGGGCAUGGGCUUUAUGUGCAGGCUGUUUGGAAUGAGACGUAUGGGAAGAGUGUGACUGUUCUUACGGGGGGGUCGAGGCGGAGUAUUUGGAAUCAGAUGCUGUAUCGGGCGAGGUGGUUUGCCGAAACUGUUUGGUGA